UUAUUUACGAAACGCAAGGUGGCGCAACGUGGUUAAUAAUAAACCAAACGGUAACCGACUUCAGCAGCAAACAGCAUUGUUAUCACAAUGUCUGAUAAUGAAGACUUUGAAGAGCAGAUUCGACUAGAACAGCUGGGCCCCGAGAGUGGUGCAGAUCCAGGAAAAGCCAAGAGUUACACUGACAAGGAUGGGACGGAAUAUGAGUGGGACCCAAAGCGUAAGGCAUACUUUCCUAAGAUUGACACGGACUUCAUAGCACAGUAUCAGGCCAACUAUGGAGUAGAAACCGAUUUUUCUCAGCUUCCGGCAGCAACAAAAGAGCACCAAGAGUAUUGGGCCCAAUAUCGUCAGUGGCAAUCUCAGUUCUAUGGUGAGAACAAGAAAGAUGCUGCGGAUAAGGGCAAAGGAAAAGAAGGAAAGGGAAAGAAGAAGGAUGGAAAGAAUUCAAAAGACAGUGGCGAGAAAGAAUUAGGAUUGUUAGAAAAAGCGGAAGAGGAUUAUGCAAAGGAGUCAUCUGAGUACAGCCAUGAGGAUUUCUUUUACUGGUAUUGCACAUGCUCAGAGGAAGAGAGAAAUGAAUGGUACAGUAGCCUGACAGAGCAGCAGAAGAGGGAUCACUGGGACUACUACAACCAACAUUAUGAACAGUACGCUGCAGGGCUGACAAAUGAGGGGCAAGGCGAGAAUAAAGAAAAGGGUGGAGAUGAGCAAACGGAGGACAGCAGUAAAAAGGAGAGUGGUAGUACGAAGCAAGGCGCCAAGAAAAAACAGGAAUCAACCUGGUUUGAUGUGUCGGAGAACAAGAACACUAAUGUCUAUGUCAGCAACCUGCCAUUGUCCACUACGGAAGAUAACUUCAUUCAGCUCAUGUCCAAGUAUGGGCUCAUUCUGCACGACCCUCAGACAGGCAAACCCAAGGUCAAGCUGUACAAGGAUGAAGAGGGGCACUUUAAAGGAGAUGCCCUUUGCUGUUACUUUAAGAUUGAGUCAGUGCAGUUGGCUGAACAGCUGUUAGAUGACAGUGAAUACAAGGGUAAGAAACUCAAGGUAGAGCAGGCAAGGUUUCAGCUGAAAGGAUCCUACAACCCAGCACUGAAGCGGAAACGCAGGAAGCAAGACAAGCAAAAGAUGGAAAAGCUUAAAGAAAAGCUGUUGGACUGGAGGCCGGACAAAAUGCGUGGCGAGCGAUCAAAGCACGAGAAAGUCAUAGUCGUCAAAAACAUGUUUGAUAACAAAGACUUUGAGAAAGAUGCAACUCUGAUAUUAGGAUUGAAGCAAGAUUUGAGAGAUGAGUGUUCCAAGUAUGGUGAAGUGAAGAAAGUUGAAAUAUACGAUCGCCAUCCUGAAGGGAUUGCCACAGUAAUGUUCAAGGAAGUCGAAGAUGCAGAUCAGGCAUUGCUAACGCUACACGGUCGAUGGUUUGCGAAACGGAAGAUAACAGCUGCAACGUGGGAUGGCAAGGAGAAGUUUAAGGUGGAGGAAACGGAAGAAGAAAAGGCAAAGAGGCUAAAGGGAUGGGACAGCUUCCUCGAAAUUGAUGCAAAUUCUGCGUCGGUGGCAAAUUCGGAAACGCAGAAAGAAGCGGAUGAGCUGAGUUCAGCUGGGGGUGGCUCUAAGAAAGCUGAUCCUGAAAAGAGCAAGCUUUCAUCGACUGAUGACCACACGGAAGUUGAAUCAAAACCUCCGGAUACAGUUUCUCCACCAGACGCCUCUGAAAACGAAAAAACCAUACCAGAACAUUUGCCGGCGGAUCAAGCACAAAGUGCAGACCUACAAGAAAAGGUGGCGCCACCUGAUGAAACAAAACAGAUUGUAGAUUCUGCGAUGGAAACCACUUAAUCGUUUAUUUAUUAUUAACGCAGUUACACCAGUGACUGAUAUGUUGUAGAUAUAGUACAAUAUAUUUUCUUCAUUGGGAUAGUAAAUAAUCGUAACGUGAUACAUCUUGGUAAACUUGUAAAUUCAAACAAGUAUUUUUACAACUUUAUUAUUUGUUUGGUUUUUGUUUUUAUGAUAGUGAUUCGGCAGCAUGUUUCCGGGCAGACGUCGGUUAGCCAUUGUUAUCAACAUAAAAUAUAGCAGUAAAAACACCAGUCUAUUGAAAACACUGUUUUAUAACAUUGCCAUGUAAAUAUUCUAUAAGUACUAAAUUCUUAACUCACAAUUUAAAACAUUUGAGAACAUUAGGUCAUUGGGUGACAAUUGUGUAAACCUGUAAUGUAAUCUUGCAAAAAAACAUGAAAACUCAUUAAUAUGCAUCCUAAGCAGUCUUUCUGCAUCUUUUUCCUAUUACCUCAAUGACUCGUGUAGUGGCACGAAUGAGUAAAAUACCAACAUGAUUCAAUCGAAUCGUUAUCCAAACUACAGUAAGUUGAUAGUCAUGUAAUGCGCGAAUGCGUGCGUCUGGAAAAUGCUUGUGUGCGGCGUGCGCGUUCAAUACCAACCAUGUUUGAUUUGUCAAAAUAAUACAAGGUAGUGCUAGAAUAUGCAAGGCAGUGGUUCGCACGGUAUUUGUUACGUAACGGACUGUUUUGCAGUUGAUUAGCGUCUAGCAACGCACGUGUGCACCCGGUUUAUGAAUCGUCCAGCAAUUUCGUUUAUAUAUGUAUAUAUAUUUUACGCGAACAACCUUUAUCAAUUUUCUAUAAUGUAAACAUUUAUACGAGCAAUAGUCGGUGAGCAAUGUUGAAAUUAUUUUAUUCAGAAAAAGAAGUAUUUAUAUAUUCAGUGACGGUACGUGUAGAUAAAACGUGCUGCACGCACGCACGCACGCACACAAUGUUUCAGCGCGUUUCCCGAUACAGCGUUGAUAGAUAUCCUGAACCGAAAUAAUGGAGCUAUGAGAUAUAUGCGUCGGUGUCUACACUAUCGCGUGGAUGAAAUAUAAAUAUAAUUCAUAUCGAUAAAUAUAAUUCAUUCGAAAAUUCACGUUCUACACGACAAUGAGGCGCAGUAUGUAGUGUCAGUCUCUGUAUACAGAUGAUAUUUUACGUUGUGCAGUAGCAUCGUAGAUAUAAUAUAGAUAUGAGUAGCAUAGAUGUACGAACGUGUAUUAUCUUUUUUUGAAACGUAAUAAAGGUUUAUAAACAUUAAACAA